AUGGAUUACAACAGUUGGAUUCCCGUGGCAGACGAAAGAAAGGCUUAUGGCACAUCAACAAAUCAUUCAUCAGUUUUCUCAGACGAAAGAAAGUCCUCAAAUACAACUGAUGCUGUUUCGAUGAUUGAUUUUUUCACACAUGAUCAAAUAAUAGAACAUGUUAAUAGUCUGAAAAUGGAACCUCUUCAGAUUACAACUGAAGAUGGAGCAGGAAUUGAUGCAACAAACACCUGCCAAUUAUGUGAAAGGAAAACGCUUUACUUUGAACCGGUGCCGGUUUAUUGUAUAUGCUGUCGCCUUCUCAUCAAGAGAAAAAACGCAUAUUUUGGUAGAAAAGAUGAGGAAUUUGAUGCAGAGCGCUGCUUUUGCUCCACCUGUUAUAAUACAUCUAAAGGUGGUUGCAUCGCAUUCAACGGGACAUAUGUUUCUAAGGAAAAUCUUGAAAAAAAGAAAAAUGAUGUAGUUGAAGAAUUGUGGGUUGAAUGCAAUAAAUGCAAAAGAUGGCAGCAUCAAAUAUGUGCACUCUACAACAACAAAAAAGAUUUGGACUGCAGUGCUGAGUAUAUAUGUGCUCUAUGCCGCUUAAAAGAAAUUAAAAAUGGAGUGCAUGUUCCUUUUCAAAAGGCUAAUCCUUAUGGUGCUAAGGACCUACCAAGAACCAUGCUUAGUGACCACUUAGAGAAAAGACUUUUUAAGCGUCUCAUGAAAGGAAGUGAGAAUCUUGAAAAGGUUUUGGCUGCGGAUAGUAUUUCUAUUAGAGAAGUGUUAUCUAUCGGCGAACAAUUUAAAGUGAGGAAGCAGUUUCUUGACAUCAUCCCAAAAAAGAACUAUCCGGCUGAAUUCUCUCAAAGAUCAAGAGUUAUACUUCUGUUUCAGAAGAUUGAUGGAGCAGAUAUAUGCAUUUUUGGAAUGUACGUCCAGGAGUUUGGCUCUGAAUGUGGCAAUCCGAAUCGGCGUUGUGUAUACAUUUCAUAUCUUGAUUCUGUCAAAUACUUUAGGCCUGAAAAAGUGAUAGUGGAAGGAGAAGCACUUCGUACCUUCGUUUACCAUGAGAUAUUGAUUGGAUAUCUUGAUUUUUGUAAGAAAAGGGGCUUCUCAACUUGCUACAUAUGGGCAUGUCCUCCUUAUUCAAAAAGGAAUGACUAUAUACUAUAUUGUCAUCCCAUUGAGCAAAAGAUUCCAGACAAGGAUAAGCUACGCUCUUGGUAUCAUUCAAUGCUAAAAAAGGCUACUAAAGAAAAGAUUAUUGUUGGUUUAACCAACAUAUAUGAUCAUUUCUUUGUUCCUACUGAAAAAGGGGCUCUCAAGUGA